GAUUCUAAAUGCGGUACCUUCCUCCAUCGAUUGGAAUACGUGGACAAUAAGACUCACGCACUACCAAUGGAAGACUGUAAACUUUCCUCGAUAUAGGUUAUAUUGAGAAUUUAUGGACGUCUUUCAGCCGAUUCAUAAAUGCCUUGACGUGAGACUUGAAACCGUUUUGGUUGUCAUUCUGGACGGCCAGUCGUUGUAUGAAAAGAAGAUGGCGACACGCCUUUGCUUCUUGGCUUUGUUCGCCCUUCAGUUAGUUGGUAUAAGCAGCGCCCUCAGAUGUCAUGUUUGUGACAGCUUGGAUGGUCCUGGCACCGACUACUGUGCCGAGGUGACGUCAGGCGUAGACAGUACUGACCUCACUGGCAACGUUUCCUAUAGCGACGCCAGUUGUGAUAAAUACUGCAUUAAAACCGAAGUGACCCGAGGACCCGAGUACCAGGACCAAGCCGACUACGUCCAGUCCGUGGCGCGGACCUGCGGUUCUCAAUGCAUCAAUUACUGCUACCCGCUGGAGAAAAUGGAGGUUUGCGUCCACUGCUGCCAGACUGAUCUCUGCAAUGGAGCAUGCGCGCUGAACUUUUACACGGCGAUUAUGACUGGGGGAUGGUUGUUGGUGACUUUGCUACAAACUGGUUAAUGGCCGCGAUCUCUUUUCAAUGGGACUAUGGAAUACGUGCAUGUGACGUAACUGGACCAAAUGGGCAGUGUAUUUGACAGUGUAACGCAUGCGCAAUAAGCCUCCUUGCCCCACCUACACGCAAUUUUGCAUCGCCUUAGAGUCACAUGCCUGCACGACAUUAGUAGCCUUAGUUCGAAGGCGUUUUUUAUCACCAGCUUUGUUUUUUAAACAAUUGGUUUUUGUACUGAAUUCUUUAGCACCCAAU